ACACAAAAUCCUUCAUGAAACCCUCUGUCUCUCUCUCUUCCUCUUAGGGUUUUGAGUAAAUUUGCAGAGAAAUGGAAGAUUUCAAUGGUUUAGGGUAUGGGGACACCUUCUGUUCACCCCAUGAUCAACAGGCAAUGUCCGGGGGGAGUAAGUACGGAGGUUUGGUGCCAAGGAAGAAGCCCUUGAUCUCAAAGGAUAAGGAAAGAGCGUUCUUUGAUUCAGCGGACUGGGCCCUAUGCAAGCAAGGGGCUGGUGGAGGGCAUCAUAAAACAAUGGCAAUGGUGGAGACUCUGCGACCGAAACUACAGAGAACCCAACGCCAGCAGCUUCCUCCUCGGCGACCCGCUUGCACCUCGGGACAAGACAACCUUGUACCGGAAGAUUGAUAUUUAUAUUUCCAUUAAAUAAUUAAAAUGACGUUGGAGCUUACUUCGUUGCCUUUUUAUUUUUUUAUUUUUAUUUUUAUUUUUUUGAGAUUGUCUUUUUCUUCCAUAAUUAGCUGAAAGGAAAUGUGUAAAUAAACUAUUUAUUUAGUAACAAAUCAACGGAAAUUUUAUGGGUUUA